UGCACCCCCCUCCAUCUUCUCUACAAGUACAUACCCACCUCACCUCACACUAAAACCAUCCCUCUUCAUCCCUCAUCCCUCACUCAUCCCAUCCGGGCCAUCCCAAUCCCAAUCCCAAUCCAAUCCAAUCCAAUCCAAUCCAAAUCUAUCCUGUCUAUCCACCAUGACCAGCGAGCCAGCUCCUCACUCCUGUCCGCUUUCCCCCAGAUUGCCGCCAGUGUGCAGGUGCAGGUGCCCUGGUGGCCAGGUGCAGCGCGCGCGCGCAAGCUGCAAGCACAGACGGAGCCAAGGACGGCCCAGAUGCAAGCCCCCCCUUCACAAGUUCACGGGCUCAAAUGUCCAGGGCCGUACGGUGGUCCCACCUCUGCGCCGGUGCUCUUUUUUUCAUAUCCAUAA